AGUGCUGCCACCAAAUCAGCCCUGAAGUUUUGUAUUUAUUUAAAACACAGGUAUAACAUUCUUUAAUCCGGCGUUCAAGGUGGCGCCGGUUUAGAUGAAGAAAAGACAAACAGGUUUGAACUUUGACCCACUGUGCCAUAGUUUCACUGUGAUUGGAAUUCAGAGCAGGAAGUGGAUUAUGUGCACUUGAACGCGAUGAGGGACUGAGCUGGGAGUGAAAACAAGAAAGAGGGAGAGACAUAGGAGACAGAGAGGGUGGGACUUCACCUGAGUCAGGACGCUGACACGCUGUAUGGUGCAAUUUUUACAUGACUCACACUUCUCAGCAACUUCAGUUACAUGUGAGAGCUGGAAUACACUCCUCAGAGGGAAUCACACAGAGUGGGUCACCAAACACAGCCACAAACAAGGUGAAACCCAGGUAUCCUCAACAGCUCGUCUCGUUUCUCUGCUCACCUGGCCAGUGUGCAGUUUAUUCCUGGAUACCACCAAGUUAAUCUCUGACCUGUAAAGUCAUGAAGAGCAGGAAGACACUGGACUUGUUCAUCAAGGUGUUAACGUCGCUCCUGGGGAAAGAAAUGCUGUAAAACUCAAAUCUGCCUGAGUGUCCUGAGGCAGAAUGUUUCUCCCAGGGUGGUUGAUUUGGUGGGUUUUACUGUCCCUGAGCCCGUCGACCUGCGGUUUGGAGAUUUCUGGAUAUGAAAGUGAUGAAGUCAUUUGCUCUCAGGGUCUCUCUGAUUGCACCAUGAAGGAUGAGAUAAUCCUUCUGGCCGAGAAUGAUGGUGUGGACGUUCAAAACCUAACAGCAAACUUCAAGCUCUGCUCAGACACCAAGGAGACAUGUGCAUUAUGUUUGAUGAUAGACACAGAGUUUCACAUCCGCCUGGAUAACGACAUGGAGGACGAAGGCCACUCUGGGAACAAUGAGGAGGACGACAGUGAGGAGGCGAGGAAGCCAAAAGCUUCUCUGACAGUGUGCUAUCAAACAGCGGCUACCAUGCCCACAUGCAAGAAGGUGGAGUUUUCUGUCAAUCAAACAGCGGUUACUCAGCAAAACCGAGCAAAGGUUUCCAUGGUGAUUACUAAACCGGCUGGGGUUUCCUUCAGCAGCAAAGUGAUUGUAUAUCCUUCUAGUUUACUGCAUCUAACUCAACGGGUUGUUGUUCCUUCUCUAGAAGAAGUGUGUUCCCUGGAGCUGAAGAAAUGUGUAGAAGAGUGUCAUGUGCCAGAACUCAGGAUUGUAAUCCCCAAAGAGAAGAAUCACGUGGAGCUGCAGUUUGAUGGCAGAAAUAAUGGCAGCUUGUCCGUGUGCAUUCAACAUGAGCACAAUGGGAUUUGUCAGAGAUGGAAGAGGAAGACCAUCCCCCUCUAUUCUGUGACCCACUGCAUGUGUCUCAUGACAUGGUAUGAUCAGAACUCCGUGCGCUCUCGAAGAUGCCCCUUCGCAAACAUGGAUUUCGCUCAGAGGAACGUGUGGCAGAACGUGUCAGUGUCUGUGGGCCAGGGUCAAACCAACCAGCAUGGCACACUGCUGCUGUGGAACCUGUCUGCCCCCUGCAGGCUGGAGGGUGAGGUGUGGCCCUGUCUCAAGGAGGGCAGCAGCUGCAGGGAGAUGAGGGGCCCCAGACAACAGCUGGCAAAUAGAACAUGGAGACAAAACCGCAAAGGACUCUGGGAGAAAACCGGGUCUUUUGAAGACAUCGACCUUCAGCUGUCUCCAUGUGUAAUGGUGAAAGUAAAGGGAAUGGGACAUGAGCUGGGUCCUUUCUGUUUUAAAAACACUGACAGGUGGCGCUGGAGUCUCCUGGUUGUCUUUGUCAUGUUGCUGUUUAGCUUGACUAUGCUUGUGUUCUAUAGACUUCACGGCUUUGUCAAGAAAUGGGUGUGGAGCUGGCAUCAUGGUGGAUUUGUGAAAAUUGGCAGAGAGGGUCGCAUGCUGCUGCUGAGCCCCCCAGAUGUGGAUGAUGGUGUUUCUGAGUCAGUUUGUCGACUUGGCUCUUUGCUCUGCAACCAAGGCUUCAAUGUGUCCGUGGACCAGUGGAGCAGGAAGGAGCAGUGCACUCUGGGACCUCUGCCUUGGCUGCACUCUCAGCUACUGAAGCUAAACACCCAGGGGGACCGAGUUGUGGUCGCUUUGACCCAGAAAGCCUUGGAGAGAACGGAGGAAUGGGCGCAUAACCAUAAGAGGGUUAUCACGAAAAAGAUGGCAGACGAGGGCCUUCCUCAGAUAUGGUCCCCUUACUCUGAUGUGUUCGCAGCCUCUCUGUGCCUCAUUCAAGCGGACAAGGAGCAGGGCAGGGCUGGAGAGCGUUUCCUUCUGGUGAAAUUUGACUCAAGUCCAAGCAGCGACAAGAACCUACCAGAGCUGCUUCAGGGGCUGCCUCUGUUCCAGCUUCCCUCCCAGACCCAGGCCCUACUAACUGAACUACGUCUGGGCAGGACAGGGAGGAGAUCAGGUGGAAAAAUGUGGACAGGAUGGAAAUGGGGCAGAUCAGAUGGAUGGAGAGCAGAGACUAAAGAAGGAUCAGACCAGCAAAGGACCUCACUAUGUAAAUAUAUUGGAGUUGAUAAAAACUUGGAGACAAUACCCUUAAAGUUCUCAUGAAUGUCAGGAAGGACAUGUGCAUCCAAGUCAUGAAACAAAGAUCAGACACUCUGAAAGGUGGACAAUAAUCUAUAUUGUCAACAAAUCCCAUUAAGACCAAAAGUUACAGAAAACAACAACACAUUGUAAAGCUCAUUUUUUUGAAAAUGUGU